UUGUAGUUGCUGUGCAGGCUUGCUCCGGAUUUUGCGUCGAAACACUUGAAAACUUCCUAGUGCUGCUGAAUGUUAGAGCAUCUCCCGCGAACGCGUACUUCUUUCCUUCGUUUCAAUCCUCAAUUCGUGUUUAUAUCACGGUUCGCAGACGUGGCGAUCUGUUCGUGUGACCGUUGGACUGUGUGGCCUUGAGCACCGCCACCGUGUUUUCUAGGAGCGCCGGGGUGAUCACGCAUGAUAUCGUCGCGCGCAUCUGUACUGACAAAGCCGUCAAACACUCAAGUCGGAGUAGCACAUUCGACGAGGUAAUGUGCACAAGUCUGGCUGCAUUGGUGUUUUGGGAGCUCGACUGAAGUUUCCCGCUGCUGUCGAAUGGCACCCCUAACGUAACGGCGUCAAAGCGCAAUCAUGCCAGGUAAUCGCAGCGCCUGUGCAACGCUGUGUCGGCGCAUCGACCAGGACAAAUGCCUGGCGCAGAAGCACGGCAAGUUCCGCAACCUGUACGACCUGUGCCUGUACAAGGGUGACACGCUACGUGAACACGGGGACUACAAAGCCGCACUGACCGAGUUUGAGGAGGCUUUUCAAAUCUGCGAGGUGCUGCCAGACCCAACACUACUCGACAAAGCUGAAGUGCACCGGCGGCGUGGCGAGUGUCUCAUGCAGCUCGAGCGUUUCGACGAAGCCCGUCACAAUCUGAAGAGCUACCUCAAGUUGGCCCAAGAGGCAGAAUCACACGUGGAACAGCAGCGUGCUCUUGCAACACUCGGGCAGUGUUACUUCGUCGAGCACCAAACAGAGGCCAAACCUAGCAAGCAACUCAUCGAGAAGGCCAAAACGGCGUACCUCAAGUCAUUACGAAUCGUUCAACGCAACCUUGUGGAUAGCUUGAGUGAACAAGAGAUGCUCGUCAUGAAAGGUCGGCUGAUGCUCAACAUGGGCCUCCUGUACGAUGCAGUAGAAGACCCCAAUGCUGUCAACAGUUUCAGGAAUGCGCUAGUGCUAUUUAUAAAGCACGGCGACUCCAAACAGGAUCUCUGUAGAUGUCUCUCGGCACUGGCCAACAUUCAUCUGAGGCAGGGGAACUCGGAAACUGCGUUGUCACUGGCGGGACGCCUGCUUGACAUUGGUCAAGAUGCUAAGCGGCCGGAUAUCAAGUGUGAAGCGCACCUACUUCGAGGAGCAGCAAUGUUGCAGGUGGGCGACCGAGAAGGAGCUCGCACAGCCUUUAAGCAUGCCAUGCGCCAAAAAAGCCCUAUACAGGAGGACCACGAACGUGCCAGUCUUUGCGUGAGGCUCAGCCAGGCACUCAGAAACUGGGACCUGGACCUCAAGGAGGCUAAAGAUCCCGCUGCACGUGUCGAGAUUCAUGAAAUGGCCGGCGAUGCUUUGGUACAAUGCUUGUUAUCCCGGCCAGCGCUGAAGGAAUACAGUAUGGCCGUAGAAGAAGCGCUGUCAUCUCCGGAAGCCAUCAGUCAAAAAAAGCUUGCCAAUCUUUAUGUCUCCCUGGCAGAAACAUGUAGCGAUGUACGCGAAUACGAGUCGGCGCUCAAGUACUACCACAUGGAGCUUUCCCUGAGAACAGAUGAGCCCGACGAGGUGGCAUCGACCAAGCUCAGCAUUGCUCGUAUUCUUCAGAAAACAUGCAAUGAAGGAGCUCCAGAGGUUCUGGAUGCUCUUCAAGAGGCUGUAACAUUGUCUCGGGUCGCAGGAAAGCACUCUCUGGAGCUAGAGUCUCUAGAGGAAUUGAUCGCCUGGCAGGGCAGCGCCAGCAGUGAAGUUCAGGAUAGAAUACAACAGCUACAAGAAGCCGCUGCAGAUGAAACCGACAGCUCCAGCCAAAGUCAGCAGUUGGGCCCAUUGUCUGACAUCAAUUUUGAGGACAUAUCAGAAGCCAGCGACAGUGAUCCCGAAUUCAGUGAUACCACACGUAGACCGAGGAAAAAGCUGGAAGAAAAGAUUAACACAAAAGGUGAAACAAAACUCCACAAGGCUUGUAUCGAUGGCUCUUUGAAGAAGGUGAAAGAGCUUCUUAGGAUGGGUCACUCCGUGAAUGUUCGAGACUACAGCGGGUGGCAGCCCCUGCAUGAGGCAGCAAACUACGGUUACCUAGAGAUCGUAAAAUGUCUUGUAGAAGCAGGGGCUCACGUAAGUAGCCCAGGAAUGAAUGGUGUCACACCGCUACAUGAUGCUCUGGGAAAUGGACACCUUGAAGUUGCAUUAUAUCUGCUCGAAAAAGGGGCUCGGCCAUCUCUAAGGACAGCAGAAGGAGAAACGCCCUUCGACAUUGUUCGUAAGUGGAAGCACGAAAACCAGUCAACGAUGAGCCCCGCUGAAGAAGAGUGCCUGCGGAAAGUGGAGCUUCGGCUCAAAGAGGCCAGUCCUGCAACCGAUGACAUUGCACUGUUGGUGCCUGCCAGUGAAGGUGGUCCAUGGAUAGCUUCACAGUCCCUGAGAAGUAGACUGAGUGGUCCUGCUCUUGUUAUGGAAGCAGACGACUGGCUUGAGGAUGACCUUUCAAGGCCAAGGACGAAAUCAAGACAUGCGGAAGAACCAGAGUUGCCAGCAUUAGUGACAGAAAUGGACGACUGGCUUGAAGAUGAUGUCCCCAAGUCGAGGUCCAGAACGUGCCUGAAGGAAUCAGGUUUGCCUGCCACAAGAAAGCGAAACCGUUCGUCUGAACAGUCAUUUAACUCAAAAGUCUUGCGGCUCGAGGAGGAGGAGAAGGAGGGCAACACUCGUGAGGACGAUGAUGGCACAGAAAUGAUCGACACUGCUGACAAUGAGCAGUUCAAUUCCCAGCCUUCUACAACUUCUCCUGCCUGUGUGUCCUCUAGUUCUUCAAGCGCUGCCAUGAGUGCACACUUGGGAGGUAACCUCUCUGUUCGAGUUCGAAUCUUAGACACGCUUUUCUUAGUUCCAUUGCCCAGAGGUGCCGCAUCGGAAAGGACAGUUGGGUGGCUCGCAACUGAAGCAGCCAAACGGUACCAGGAUUUUCAAGGCAUGCGACCUGUACUGAGAAUAACACUUCCUGACGGAGCGUUGCUUGAUCCAUCAGACUGUAUCGACACCUUAGUGCACGGGCCGCAUGCUGAAGUCAUUGGGCAGGUGGAGUCCUGGGACUUGCCUGCCCUGGCCGAACGCUACCGUUCAGAGUGUGAGAGAAAAAACGUGCCUGUGUGUGCAAACCUGGCCACCGUUCUACAACCGUGUGUUGAGAGUGGAGACUUCUCAAUUCCUGGCUUCCACGUCAAGAACGUGGAUUUCUUGUUUCGGGCCCUGAGGCACCAAGAACCUCUUCAUACCCUCGACAUCUCUGGUACUGUUCUGACCCCCACAGCAGCAGCAGCAUUGUGCGACUGCCUUGCUACGCUGCGGUCUCUCAGUAAACUUUCUCUCAAGUGCACGGGCUUUAAGCCAAGCUACCUCACCACUGCUGUUCAGACUUUACAGAAGGCACAGACAGAUUUGCCGUGCACGGAGCUAGACCUAAGCUACAAUCCCAUCGGAAGUGACAGCGGCUCAGCGCUGGCAGCGCUUCUCACGCACAUACCUUUGUUGAGAGUUCUGCGCAUUGAAUCUUGUGAUCUCUCUGACCCUGGAUCAUGUUUGCGGAGCUUGAAGACAUUGGAAGCUCUUCAUGUCGGGUUCAACUUCUUGAAUGCCGAUGCCCUCAGUGCACUAGAGCCUGUGCUAGAAGCAAAUCCCCUACGACUGCUGGACCUUUCUGGCUGCUUUACAGGUAACAUACCCAGACUAGGUGAACGGCUGGUUGGUUUCCUAUCAAAAGCGAAGUGCAAGCUUGCCGAAAUCGGGAUUGGCUGCUGUGGACUGACGGACAGUGACGUAGGCACACUGGGCUCAUUGGGCAGCAGCUCCCUGUGUAAGUUGGACAUCACAGCAAGUCCUGGUAUCAAGCAUGAGAGCGUCGAGGACCUGUCACAAAAGCUGUGCGGAGUGAAAAUAUGUUCUGAUCAUGGCGCUUACAACUGUUGUUUAUGA